AUGGAAGUGUUCAUACUCGCAGUGUGGCUCUGCGUGGCCACGGCUGAGCUCGCGCAGGACUUAGCACACAUAGAGGACUUCAUACAGCAGAAGAGAUAUCUCCUCAAGAAGAAGUACCGACCCAUGUACCACAUCUCUGCGCCAGUAGGCUGGCUCAACGAUCCCAACGGAUUCAUAUUCUUCAAGCGGCAGUACCACAUAUUCUACCAGUACCAUCCAUACAACGGCGCGUGGGGCCCGAUCCACUGGGGCCACGUUAUCAGUGACAACCUCGUCGACUGGGCGUUCUACCCGCCCGCGCUGGUGCCCAAGGACCACUACGACAAACACGGCUGUCUCUCUGGAUCAGCAGUCAUACACAACAGUUAUUUAACACUAUUCUACUCGGGACAUGUGCUUUCCAACAACAAGACCUAUCAAACUCAAAAUGUCGCUAUCAGUGCGGAUGGUAUCAUCUUCCAGAAGUAUUUGUACAACCCCAUAAUACGAGAAGGCCCGUUUGGCAACACGGACUUUAGAAAUCCUAAAGUAUGGCGGUUUAGAAACUCGUGGUACAUGCUGAUUGGAAGUUCAAGAGUGCAAGAAGCAUAUCUACUAUUAUACACAUCACCUGACUUAUUCAAUUGGAAAUUGAAUGGCACAAUAGCAAAGUCAUACGGAGACAUGGGGUACAUGUGGGAGAGCCCAGAUUUUUUUGAAAUAGAUGGAUUCAAUGUACUUAUUUUGUCGGUUCAAGGCAUACAAGGCGAUGGUCAUCGCUUUAGAAAUCUAUAUCAGACUGGGUAUGUUAUUGGGUCUUUCAACUAUCUGAAUGGACAGUUUGAAGACUUGGAAAUUUCGACGGCAACUUUCAAUGAACUGGAUUACGGUCACGAUUUCUAUGCAGCUAAAACUAUGCAAUCCCUCGAUGGACGAAGACUAUUAGUCGCCUGGUUGGGUAUGUGGGAGAGUGAAUUCGAAGAAUCAAAUGACGGCUGGGCAAGUAUGCUGACGCUAGUGAGAGAACUGAGGCUUACGUAUCAGGGCAAGCUGUUGAUGGUGCCGGUGAGAGAAAUUAUUGAGCUGCGUGCAGAAGUGCUCGAGGACGCAUGGUACAGUCCAGGGGAGGCGUUCUACGCGGGGUCCAGGGCGUUCGAGAUGCUUGUCAACUCUAGCACAGUGAUGUAUGAUGCCGCGAUAAUCCUGGAGUGGAGUGGGGAGCGCCAGUAUACCAUCUCGUUCUCUGCAGAGCGUGGGUUCGUGAGCGUGGAUCGUGGAGGGGUAGACGGCGUUAGACGAGCCGAUUGGAUGCCCCUCACCCACAUUCACUGGCGCAUUUUCGUCGACUACAGCUCCAUAGAAGUCUUCUGUGGCUUAGGCGAGGUAGUUUUCUCCAGUCGAAUAUACCCACGGAAAUCUAUGCGCGUAAGGAUCGCAGGUGACACGCAAUUGCACGUGACGCAAUACCGACUCAGGCGCAGCGUUGGUUAUGACAACAAACUACGUAAGCAAUUGAAGAAUCACGUCAUCAACCGAUAUCAUUAAAGUUGGAAACUGCAAUGGCUAAAUAACUGUUAGAAGCAAAACUCCUGGAUUAACCAUAAAGCUAAUAGGGUGAAAUAGCAUCCAAGCCGAACUGAUUUUUUUUUCGCUUUUCACUCUCGAUAGUCUAGUAAGUUCUGAUCACUUUUUAAGAGGCCCCGCUCUAAAUUGUGAUAGGGGCCGAGCAGCCAAAUCCAGUGCUUAAAAGAGACGUUUGUUACGCUAUAUAUACCGUCAGUUUCAUAACGGAGCUGACGCAAGCAAAUAUUUUCAUAGGAGGUUGAACGAGUCAUCAUAAUUUUGUAUCAGCAUGGUUCGAUGACUCGGUGAACAUUUUCGUAAAAAUGAAAGUCAAUUUUCGUUUUGGUUAUUAAUUUGAGAAAAUGACUUUUUGAAAAUAAAGAACGUGUGUACCUU